ACAGACAGGCCCCUUCGCCACAGCCCAGCCAGGCCCCCCCACGCCGCCGCCAUGCCUUUCGGCAACACCCACAACAAGUUCAAGCUGAACUACAAGCCGGAGGAGGAGUACCCGGACCUCACCAAGCACAACAACCACAUGGCCAAGGUGCUGACCCCCGACCUCUACAAGAAGCUGCGGGACAAGGAGACCCCUUCGGGCUUCACUCUGGAUGACGUCAUCCAGACAGGUGUGGACAACCCAGGUCACCCCUUCAUCAUGACCGUGGGCUGUGUGGCCGGUGACGAGGAGUCCUACGAGGUUUUCAAGGACCUCUUUGACCCCAUCAUCCAGGACCGCCACGGGGGCUACAAGCCCACCGACAAGCACAAGACCGACCUCAACCACGAGAACCUCAAGGGUGGAGACGACCUGGACCCCAACUACGUGUUCAGCAGCCGCGUCCGCACAGGCCGCAGCAUCAAGGGCUACACGCUGCCCCCCCACUGCUCCCGCGGGGAGCGCAGGGCUGUGGAGAAGCUCUCCGUGGAAGCCCUCAACAGCCUGACGGGCGAGUUCAAGGGCAAGUACUACCCCCUGAAGAGCAUGACGGAGAAGGAGCAGCAGCAGCUCAUCGACGACCACUUCCUGUUCGACAAGCCCGUGUCUCCCCUGCUGCUGGCCUCGGGCAUGGCCCGGGACUGGCCCGACGCCCGUGGCAUCUGGCACAAUGACAACAAGAGCUUCCUGGUGUGGGUGAACGAGGAGGACCACCUCCGCGUCAUCUCCAUGCAGAAGGGGGGCAACAUGAAGGAGGUUUUCCGCCGCUUCUGCGUGGGGCUGCAGAAGAUCGAGGAGAUCUUCAAGAAAGCCGGCCACCCCUUCAUGUGGAACGAGCACCUGGGCUACGUGCUCACCUGCCCGUCCAACCUGGGCACGGGGCUGCGCGGCGGUGUGCACGUGAAGCUGGAGCACCUGAGCAAGCACCCCAAGUUCGAGGAGAUUCUCACCCGCCUGCGCCUGCAGAAGCGAGGCACAGGCGGUGUGGACACGGCGGCCGUGGGCUCGGUGUUCGACGUGUCCAACGCCGACAGGCUGGGCUCGUCCGAGGUAGAGCAGGUGCAGCUGGUGGUGGACGGCGUGAAGCUCAUGGUGGAGAUGGAGAAGAAGCUGGAGAAGGGCCAGUCCAUCGACGACAUGAUCCCCGCCCAGAAGUAGGCGUCCCGACGGCCCCGCCCAGACGGCCGCCAAGGGGGCGUGGCUCCAGCGAGGACCGCCCCCUCGCCUCUCGCCCCGCCCCUUUCCCGGGAGUCACACUGGCUCCAACCAAUGGGCUCCCUCGCACCUGCCUCUCCUUUUCCAGAGCUCCGCCCACCACCGGGAGCUCCAGCUCCGAGAGCGGACGCGGGGCACAUCUGGGGCCCCAGCUUUUUCUCCACUCAAAGCAACAAAUAAAAGCAAUG